AUGGCUGACAACGGUCUCUCUCUCGGCCUCUGGCCAACUCCCACCGCCGCCGCAGCCCCAACGCGGGUGCGCCUGGCUACGAUGAAUGGCCAGAACCCCGGCUCGAACCCGUCGCACCUGCCUCCCCCGACCUCUCCAUAUUCGCGCGAGAACACCCAAAUCCGAUUCCCGGACCGCGGAUCACUUCUCCGAUGGGCCAAGGGUUACAACUACGGUUUCGUUGAGUACGACGACCCCGGUGCCGCCGAACGCGCCAUGCAGACCUUGAAUGGCCGCCGUGUCCAUCAGUCGGAGAUUCGCGUCAACUGGGCCUAUCAGUCCAACAGCACCAACAAGGAGGACACUUCGAACCAUUUUCAUAUCUUCGUCGGCGAUCUGUCGAAUGAAGUCAAUGAUGAAGUUCUCCUCCAGGCCUUCUCUGCCUUUGGUUCCGUUUCCGAGGCCCGUGUCAUGUGGGACAUGAAAACCGGCCGCUCUCGUGGCUAUGGCUUCGUCGCCUUCCGCGAGCGCCCGGAUGCCGAGAAGGCCCUCAGCUCCAUGGAUGGCGAGUGGCUCGGCUCCCGUGCUAUCCGCUGCAACUGGGCCAACCAAAAGGGCCAGCCGUCCAUGGCCCAACAACAGGCCAUGCAGCAGAUGGGCAUGACCCCGACCACGCCGUACGGCCACCACCACUUCCCUACCCAUGGCGUCCACAGCUACGACAUGAUCGUCAACCAGACCCCAGCCUGGCAGACCACUUGCUACGUCGGUAACCUGACUCCCUACACUACCCAGCAAGAUAUCGUCCCGCUCUUUCAGAACUUUGGCUUCGUCGUCGAAUCACGUUUCCAAGCCGACCGCGGCUUCUCGUUCGUCAAGAUGGAUACUCACGAGAACGCCGCCAUGGCCAUCUGCCAGCUGAACGGCUACAACGUCAAUGGUCGCCCGCUCAAGUGCAGCUGGGGCAAGGACAAGACACCCAGCCAUCCCCAGCAGUUCGACCCCAACCAGCAGUACAGCCCUCAGAGCGCGCAGACCCCUGGCUACCCCACCACGCCCUCCACGUAUUUCAACCAGUACGGCAGUGGUACGUAUCCCCGCGAGGCUGCUGCUCCGAACUCGGUAGUUAACGCCCCCCCCAUGGGCUACAGCGGUCCCCCGAGCGCUGGCGGCUAUGGUCGUGGACAGCAGUCCAACGCGCAGUGGAACCAGCCGCCCCCUGGCCAAAACUUCAACAACGGUUUCUCUGGUUACCAGGGUUAA